AUGGUGAGGUCUGUGAAUGUGGUGCCUAUGGUUAAAUCGAAGAAAGUGAUACUUUCAAAAAUUAUGGUUGAAGACACAGUUUCAUGCAAGUUAUGCUCCAAAAAUUUCGCAAGUGAGGUAGCCCUUAGGAACCAUGCACGAAUGGAGCACAUAGAUGCGUUUGCGACGGGAGACCCAUCCGUUUGGACAAAAGUACUUUCGCCCAAAAGACCGUCAAUAGAUAAAGAAGAUCAGACAAAUGAGAUUGAAGAGAAAAAUAAGGAGCUUAUAGCCACCAACUCAAUGUCCCGGACAUCGAGAGACGUCGGUUACAUUAUUGUGAGGCCAGAAGAUUGCUCCGAGCCAAUUAAGAGGAGAAGCUUGGGUAAGACGGAAAAUAAAAAGAAACGAACAAAAGUUGUUAAACCGAAGAAGGAUAAAGAACCUCUGCCCAUAACGGGUCCAGACGAGCACACCAGGAGACGGAAAGGAUUACGAUGUCAAGUCUGCGAGAAACCACUUAACGCUGUAGAUGAGAACCAGUCGUUAUACAAUUGUGAGAUUUGCGGAGCCGGCUUCCAAACUAGCAAAGAGCUAUUGGAUCACAGUACAGUAGCUCAUGUAAAACUAAAGCCAUUUGAGUGCAAAUUAUGCCACAAGCGAUUCACACAGCCAGUCGGCCUGGAGCAGCACACUCGUAUGCACACAGGCUACCGUCCCUACUCUUGCACGGUCUGUUCCAAAACCUUCACACAGAAGUCGGGACUGGAUCAGCACACCAGAACUCAUACCAAAGUUAGACCAUACCGCUGUAUAAUAUGCAACAAGACUUUUAGCCAAUCGGUCACCCUGAAGCAACACAUGCGGACUCACACGAAUGUGUCCCCCUUCCAGUGCGGGAUAUGUGAAAAGCGUUUUAAACAAAGCAGUCAUCUGAACUACCAUCUGAAAAACCACAACCCGACAACCAUGACAGAGAAGCAGAAGAAUAAAUAUGUGGAGUUGGUUGGUUUAAUUGGACAAAAUGAAUCCCAACAGAAUCACUCCGAACAGAAUGAAUCCGAAACCAUUGAAAAUAUAGUGGAAUGUGAACCAGAGGUAGAACAAAUCUUAGAAAAUCAAGUUGAAGUGGAAACUGAAUAUGUUUUGAAUGAAUGUGAAAUUGAAGACAAUGAGAUAUGGUGUGUUACUGUAGAAUAA